AUGGAAGAACCAACUGGAGAAUAUACAUUUCAAUAUAUGAAAGAUCACCCUGGCGUCUUGUAUGAUGAAAUCAAAAAAGAAUACAACAAGAUGCAACAAGAAUGGCGUCAAAACGAAAAACCUUAUGUUCCUUACUUAACCAUUAUUCAAAACUCUGGUUCAGAUAGUAGUGAAUACCCUGCUGGGACACCUUUUGUUCACCGAAUGAAAGAAUAUACGUGGGAUGCAAAAAAAUUCUGGGACAUACAGAUUAAAGCUGAAUAUGAGGACGAGCGCACAAAAUUUUGGGAAGACAUUUUGAGCUUGUCGCAACAAAAUAGUCUCUUUAGCCAAGAAGAUUUUCAGAUGAACAGAGAGACGUUGAGACUUAUUUUGUUCGAUGGUGAUGACAAAUUCGAGAAAUCCAUUGGCAUGGCUUCUUCAGUGUUCUCCUUAGCACUAAUGGGAAAAUUGGCAAUUUUCUUCCUCCUGUAUCGAAAGACACUAUUUCAGCCAGACAGA